UGCUUUUGCUUUUGUUUUUAUUUGAAGGUUGUGUGACAGCAGAAGUGGACUGCCGCGCCUGCCGCCGACUCAAAGAUUGUCGAUGCACUGCUGAGCUCAAGCCCGUUUGCGGCUGUGAUGGGCAUACGUAUCGGAAUGAGUGCGAAGCUACCUGCCGUUGUGUUUAUAAGAAGACGCUCGGAAUUUGUCGUUGGUGCAGAGCGUGCCCAGCCUACGAAGACUGCACGUGCACCCGCCGUUACUUUCCCGUCUGCGGCUGCGAUGGGCGUACGUAUGCCAACCCGUGUGAAGCUCGAUGUCGCUGCAUCUUCACGUUCAGGAAUGGCUUUUGUAGCAGGUGAGCAUAUUGGUCAUUGGAAGUAGACGAGCGGACAUUUUGCCAACGAAGAAACCUGAUCGGGCUAUGGUGGACAAGGAAUCUUAUCGACUAUAAUUUUGCAGCUGACGAGACGCGAUUGGGAUACGGCGUCGCACAUGAAGACGCCGGCGGUCGCACAUGAAGAUGCUUGGGGUUGGCUAUGGCGUCGAAGAGAACAGCCAUCGCAGACCGAACCCCCGGGUAUGGCACUUGAUGAUGCCUGUGUCGGCUCCGGCCGUCGAAGAAACCACCAGCUAUGGUGGCAGAUGCCCAAAAAAACAGCCCUUGUGGGUGAAUGGUACACACACCUAAGUAAAAAAUUGUUGACGUACAGAUCAUUUGUUGGAGUACCGAGCGAAUCAACGUAAAUAGAAAAA